ACUCUCUUAAUUGUAGAAAACGACAAUAUAUACUUUAUUAGCUAGCCUAAAAGGAACCACAAGAACUACUGUCAACUUUUCUUGAAUGUUUCAACUGUCAUGGUGCUAGAAAUAAUUGAGUGUGUAUACAGGGUUUCUAAGAAAGUGCAUCAAACAGUUGAGGAAGUAAAGGCUAACAAGCAAAGAUGUAAAAGACUCAGUGAUCGCGUACGAUAUUUGGUUGCCCCGCUAAAGGAACUUUUCAAAGAUAAAGAGCGUGAAGUUGUUUACAAGGAAGCUUUAAUUGACCUUGUGCAAACAUUGGAAGAAGCGAGGCAAUUUAUGAAAACCUUUACCAGAACCAAAACUGUUACGAAGCGUAUUCAAGACUAUUGCUAUCCAUCUCAAGUGAAGGAAAAAUUUGAAUAUCUGAACGAGAAAUUGAAUGAUCUCAUACCUACACUUACUCUCGGUUUACACGUCGAACACAGACGAUCUGUCAGAAAUUUAUUUGCUCCGGGAUUGCGAGGAACUCAAGACACAAAAGAUGAAUGUGAAGAUUUGCAGGAGAUGCAACAAAUUAUGAAAGGACUAGGUCUUUCCGCAUUGAGUAAUAUAGAUUGUGCUGAUUUGAAGCAACGAAAAAGAGUGAAGAAGAGUUCACUGUACGACAUCUACACGGCAAAAUAUAGAAUGUCAACUGUGAUUGUGAAAAAGCUGCGAUGCACCCUUACACCAGCAACAAAAGAUCUUUUCAUCAACGAUGCAAAUAAACUGGUUCAUUUGAAUUCCGAAAAUGUUGUGAGAGUUUUCGGUGUUAGUGUUGAUCCGAAAGAAGAUUCAUAUCUGCUUGUGAUGGAAAACAUGGAACUCGGAAAUUUGAACAAAAUUCUUCUGUCAAAAAUACCAAUUGAUAAUGACUUAAAAGUCAGAAUGGCUGUGGAAGCUUCAAGAGGUCUCUAUUUCAUACAUUGCAGUGGAAUGUUGCACGGAAAUUUAUGCUCAACAAAGUUCUUAGUGAAUGAGGAUUUCCACAUAAAGAUAUCCGGGUUUGGGUUUUCUAAUCAAGUGCUUGGAGAAAAUGCACCAGGAUCAAGGAAAUCAAUGUUUGCAAGCAAAAAAUCUGAUAAAUCUUCUGAGGGUACUUAUGACGAAAAAACUGAAAUAUACGAAUUCGGUCUGGUUCUUUGGCAAAUAUGUCGACGUCUUCCUAAGUCUAAAUACAAGAAAAAUCCUGAACCAGAAGAUCUGAGAGCUUCAGAAAGUGAAAUAACUGAUGCAAAAACUGAAUUACUUGCUGUAUCAUCUUGGUGUUGUGAAGAUGACGAAUUUGCACGUCCGUCUAUGGAAGAUAUAUUGGAACAUCUCAUUGAAUACAAAGAAAGAGUUGCAGAAUACGAAGAUGGCAAAGACUGAUGUUUUAUGUGGAAUACUUUUUUGAUUUAAUGUUAAACUAUUGACAACACUUCUCCUGACUAUAUAUAAUAUGUGAUGUAUUUAUUUUCAUUGAAUCCUUCGCGUGUAAUGUAAAAAAAUAUUUUUCAAAAACCUAAGUAAUGCAAUUUACAUUAACUUUCCAAUAGCCAAUUCCGACCAGUAUUUAACCCAUAAAUGCUAUAGGAGCCAUUCUCUGUUUAUUGUUUUAUGUGUGCAUUUAGUAUUGAUAAUUGUUUAUCACUAAAAUGAACUUGCCUUAUACCAGGCCUAUCCAAAGUAUUUGCGGAUGGUCCGGAUCAGAUUGUGCUUUGGAUAAAAUACAAACAUCUUUAUAUUUUGCACUAGAGUCUUUUCGAAAGUUGAUAAAUUGAUGAAGGCAACUUGGUUUUGUAAUAAAAUUUACACAUUUUACCACGAUUUUACGACGUUAUUCGUGUAAAAAACAGAUGCGACAAGAGCUUCCCCGUGAAUCAAGUCUGAUUUUGAGCUACCCAUUGCUUUUUUUAUAAGAAGAGUAACAAGACUUCAAUCUUAAUCGAAGAUAAACGCCAUCUGUUACUGUCCCUACUGGCUAAUCAUAUCAUUUAACAAUACUUCUGUCAAUAGCAUCAUACAUUGCAGCGCUUUGUUUCGAGUCUUUUAAACAUCAUGCCUAAAUGAAAAGAUAAAUUAUAUGACACAAUGUUGUUAAUGCAUAAUAAACUUUCUUAUGAAAAAGUCAAA